GCGCGCACGCGCCCGAGCGCGCGCCCGGAGGGGCGGGCAGGGAUUCGGCUUGCACGCCCUUCGGCCGCCGGGGCGCCCGAACUCCCUUCCGCUUCCGACGCGCUGUCCGCCAGCCGGUGGAUGUGCGGUAACAACAUGUCGGCCCCGCUGCCCGUCGUCGUGCCCGCUGCCCGGAAGGCCACCGCCGCGGUUAUUUUUCUUCACGGAUUGGGAGAUACUGGGCAUGGAUGGGCAGAAGCCUUUGCAGGUAUCAGAAGUUCCCACAUCAAAUACAUCUGUCCACAUGCACCCAUCAUGCCUGUUACAUUAAAUAUGAAUAUGGCAAUGCCUUCCUGGUUUGAUAUUAUUGGACUUUCACCAGAUUCUCAGGAGGAUGAAUCUGGAAUUAAACAGGCAGCAGAAAAUGUAAAAGCUUUAAUAGAGCAAGAGGUGAAGAAUGGCAUUCCCUCUAACAGAAUUAUUUUGGGAGGAUUUUCUCAGGGAGGCGCUUUAUCUUUGUAUACUGCUCUUACUACACAACAGAAACUGGCCGGCGUCACUGCGCUCAGUUGUUGGCUUCCACUUCGGGCUUCAUUUCCACAGGGUCCUAUCAAUAGUGCUAAUAGAGACAUUUCUAUUCUACAGUGCCAUGGAGAUUGUGACCCUUUAGUUCCCCUAAUGUUUGGUUCUCUUACUGUUGAGAAACUAAAAGCAUUGGUAAAUCCAUCCAAUGUAACCUUCAAAAUCUAUGAAGGCAUGAUGCACAGCUCAUGUCAGCAGGAAAUGAUGGAUGUCAAGCAGUUCAUUGAUAAACUCCUACCUCCAGUUGAUUGACGUCACUAAGAGCCUUGUGUAGACGCUCACCAGCAGCACUGUAGUAGAGUAUGAACCCUUCCCUUGCCUGAUCGUAAAGCUUCUAAUGUUUGCAGUAUUAAAAUGUUUUUCAAAUAUAUACCAAUGAUCCAGACUAAAUGAUGUCUCCCUCAUGGGAAAUGAUCCUUUUAAGUUUCUAUACAUACAUCUGUUUUAUACAAUCCAGAAUAUACUGGGAUUAAAGUAGAUGAAGAGAUGCAGCUAGCAAAAUAAAAUACCACAACCAGAGUUUUAUUACGUCAUUUGAAAAUGACUAGUGUGCUCCUGAAAAAUCUGUUGAGGUCUAACAAGCUGCUGAGAUAUCUGUAUGUGACUUGUUAUGCUGUGAGUGACCAUGGCUCCACUCCACACUGUUUAGUCGCCGUGCAGGGUCUGUAUUUUAUAGGUGUAUUCACGUAUAUGUGACUGGAACACAUAAGAAUUAGAUGGUUAGCCGGGUGGUGGUGGCGCACGCCUUUAAUCCCAGCACUCGGGAGGCAGAGGCAGGCGGAUCUCUGUGAGUUCGAGACCAGCCUGGUCUACAAGAGCUAGUUCCAGGACAGGCUCCAAAACCACAGAGAAAUCCUGUCUCGAAAAACCAAAAAAAAAAAAAGAAUUAGAUGGUAUUACAUUCUCCCUGAUACCAGGGACAAUGCUAGCAAGUGUCAGGAAAGUAAUACUGCUCUUCUCAAUUAAUGGCCUUUUUAUUGGGGAACCAGGCUGUUCUUUUCCUUCUACUUAAUUUUUCUCCUCUCAAGAAACAAAAAAGUUUUUGUUCCUUGUUUUUUUUUAUAGAAGACCAAUAUUGCCUCUGCCAUAAAAACCUGUCGAUAUAUACUAUAAUCUGACACUCUGAAUCACAGACAUACAGUAUUUCAAAUCUAAGUAAUCUGAAAAAAAAUCAAACAUUACUUAGUCUUACAUACUCAAAUAACUGCACCUUAGUCCAUCUUUAGACUGUAGAGUUGCCAGAAUCUUCUGUCCUAAUAAUUCUGUGGUUUUUAUCUUUCUGUAAAAAAGUUAAAGGGUAAAUAAUAUCUUGGCAUGUUCAGAAAUAAGUAUUUAAGACCAGCUUUGAAGUCUAAUUUCUAAAACAGUUACAUGUUAUAGCGAAGUUUAAAGUUUACAUUUUCUGUACAUAUGUUAUGCUUGAAACCAAAUACUGUUCAAGAUGAGCAAUCAGAAACUUAUUUUUAUCUGGUAACAAACUAAUUUGAAUUUUCAUCUUAGUUUUUGAGAGUUAGUCUCCUGUGCAAACCUUAAAAUAGCAAUCAUUUGGUUUUAAAUCAUCAACAUGUCCAGAAUACUGGUGAAAAUUAAAUUAAUUUAUGGGUAAUAAAGACUGAUUAGAAUCUAUAUAUAUCUAUAUAUAAACAGUUGAAUAUGUUGCAAAAAUUAUGGUCAUUUCUGAACUGUUACUUUUCCUGCUGUUUCCAACUGACCACGACCAUGCUCAGAAGCAUCAUUAUAAACAGGUGCUAACUACUAUGGAGAUCAUUUGGUAUGGACUAGAUAGGAUGUUAAUAAUGAAGCCAUACACUUAUGUCUAGAUUUAAAACAAUUUCAAUCAUUUACUAUUUUGCUUUAAGAACAUAAACUUGCUUCAGCUGUACCAUCAGUAAAAUUUUAUUUGUGGUAAGAAAUAUUUCAUUGAAUUCUUAUGCUGUAAUGUGGGAAAAUGUCAUGUUUUUCAUAGUUUCUAUUAAUGUGAAAUAAAACUUAAUUCUGGCUUUCUUGGA